UUAUCCAGAGCACUGUGUUUCACUUUGUGCAUAUAAAGUUUGCUUGGAAUUAUCAAACCGAAUGAUGAUGCGUCUUGUAGUGUUAUCAUUGGCUGUUGUAGCUAUCGUUGCAAAUCCUGUAAUACUGAAGUUGGACGAUGAAUGGGCCACGUGGAAAUCAACGUAUAACAAAGUGUAUGAGCAUGGAGAAGAACAAGUUCGGCAGUUAAUUUGGGAAGAAAAUUUUCGAAGUGUUGCCAAACACAACCUUGAAUAUUCUAUGGGCCAACGCUCAUUUACACUAGGCAUGAACAAAUUUGCAGAUAUGAAAAAUGAAGAAUUUGUUGCGAUAUUAAGAGAUUUGAGAAAAAGUAAUAGGACUCGUGCUUCAUCCUUCGUGUCAGCAAGCUUCAUAAAAGUUCCAGAUGAGAUUGACUGGAGAGAUCAUGGUUGUGUAACCCCUGUCGAAACCCAGGGUAUGUGUGGCUCCUUCUGGGCCUUCAGUGCCACUGGAUCUCUCGAAUGUCAAACAUUUAAGAAAACCGGAAAGCUUCCCAUUCUCAGCGAGCAGAACCUUAUAGACUGCUCAGAAGCUCAGGGAAAUCACGGAUGCCAGGGAGGUACAGUAGAUCAAGCGUUCGAGUAUGUGAUGAAAAAUGGAAUCGACUCUGAAAAAUGCUAUCCAUACAUAGCUGUGCAAAACAAAUGCAGUUUCGAUGGAUCUUGCGUGGCUGCUCGUUGUACCGGAUACGUUGACCUACCCCCUGGAAAUGAGGUUGCUCUAAAGGAGGCUGUUGCAUCUGUCGGUCCCAUUUCGGUUGCCAUUGACGCUAGUCGCGCGUCUUUCAAACUAUAUACAUCUGGUAUUUACAAUGAACCCGAAUGUAGCUCGACGAGUUUGAAUCAUGCCGUUCUUGUUGUAGGCUACGGUACUGACGCUGAAUCUGGAUUAGAUUACUGGUUGGUGAAGAACAGUUACGGAACCACAUGGGGCAUGCAAGGCUAUAUGAAGAUGCUACGCAACAAGAACAACCAAUGUGGAAUCGCCAGUUUAGCUAGCUAUCCUCUCGUCUAACCAUUUACAUAGAUUUAAAAUCUGUAGGCCUACUUUCAAUAAAAAGUGUAUCCUAUUGAUUUGUGCACAAUAAAUUAACGCAAAUAUAUAA